AUGCCAUCUAGAAACUCCAUAAACAAACCGUCCAAAAAGAUCCAAAGUAAGAGCCAUGCUAUGUCUCUAGGCAAAAGAAGGGCCGCCAGAUCCAAAUCUGUGGUUGCUACUCGCUCAUCCACCUCAAGAUACAACACAGAAACAAAAACCGCUCCUCGUCCAACAGAUUCGAAAGCCAUUGCUUUGUACACUGGAAGCUCUCCUGACACCGCUGUAGUUACCAACCGUACGCUCUCGAAGAAAAGAGCCAAAAAGAUUGCUAGAAACCAAAAAUAUGUUCAGCAGAGAAAUGGAACCGCGCCCGAUAUGGACAUGGAUAACGGGGUUGCAACAGAAACACAAAUACAAAGAGUGAAGGACUCAUUGUGGGAGUUGAUUCGUGCCAAGAAGGCUGAUAGCAGUGCUGGGCUUGCACCUGCCGUGGGCGAAGGUACUACUUUGGGAGUACAAGCAUUUUAG